GGCUAUGAGAAGCAUCACGACCUGAAGCUCCUGGAUUCCGGAGCCGGGGGGCCGGAUGAGCUCGCUGGAAAAUUCUCUGUGGGCAGCGUCAUGUACGGGCUGUGCCGGGUCCCCGAUCCCGGUUCCGGCACCCCCAGGAUCGUCCUUAUCAGCUGGGUGGGGGAAAAUGUGCCGGAAUCGCAGCGGGCGGCGUGUGCCGGGCACCUGCCGGCCAUCCGGAGCUUCUUCAGGGAGGCCACGGCCGUGAUCAGCGCCCGCCGCUCCGAGGAGGUGACGCUGGAGGGGCUGCGCCGAGUGCUGGCACAGCUGGAGCCCCCCGCCCCUCGCCCACCCAGGAGGACCCCCCAGGACACCCCGGAGCUGGUGGGAACCAACUACCGCAAGACCAACCCAGCGCUGGAGCUGCAGCGCACCCAGCGCGAUUCCUUCUGGGAACAGGCUGAGGUGAGGGGUCGGGGGGCUGGGGAAGGGCUGGGGGGUCCCCCGGGAUCCCGGGGAUGGGGUCACGGCUGCUGCCUUGGGCUGAGGUUGCCAGGGGCUGCGCCCAGGGGUCCCAGUGCCGAGCUUGGUGGGGGUCGCAGUCCCGGUCUGGGGUGCUGUGGGGUCCCGGCCCCAGAGCUGAGGUCCCUGGGGGUCCCGGUGCUGUCGCGGCAGGGGUCCCACUGCCGAUACCAGUGGGGGUCACAGUCCCGGUGCCGAUACCGAGGGGGUGCUGGUGUGGACCUCGGUGGGGUCCCGGUGCCGGUACCGAGGCUGGGACAGUCCCAGUGUGAAGUGUG